CCGGCCCCACAGCUCCGGGGCGCUCGUUGGAGGGGCCGUGCUGGAGGCAGAAGGGGGAGCUAGGAAAGGCUCCGUAGCCGUUAAGUCCCCUCGGUGUUGUCAGGAAAUGCUUCAAAGUCCGAAGUCGGGAAAACUCUCCGCAUGUCGGUUGCUAUUGCGCUGUGGGCGACCCUGGGUCCCUAUCCGUGUCGAGCUCCUCUCUCGGCGCUCCGGUUAAAGCUGUUGGGUUCUGAGGAUUUGUUUGGUGUGAGCAUGGUUGUUCCUUUAAUGAACCUUCAUAUCAAAUCUCUAGGAGCAAGUCAUACAGUUGCUGGAAUAAUAGGAUCUCUCUAUGGUAUAAUGCAACUCUUUUCCAGCACAUUUGUGGGUUGCUGGAGUGAUAUAGUAGGAAGACGGUAUUCUCUGCUUGCAUGUAUUCUUGUCAGCGCACUGGGUUACUUCCUUCUUGGAACAUCCACCACUGUGCUUCUGUUUGCCAUUUCUAGAGUUCCUGUAGGUAUUUUCAAACACACACUCUCCAUCUCUAAAGCCCUGCUUUCUGACCUGGUUUCUGGGAGAGACCGCCCUUUAGUAAUGGGGCGUUUCAACGCAGCCUCUAGUGUGGGCUUCAUUCUGGGGCCAGUUGUUGGUGGCUACCUCACAGAGUUGGAAGAUGGCUUUUAUCAAACAUCAUUCAUCUGUGCCUCUAUCUUCCUUCUGAAUGCUGGUCUUGUCUGGAUGUUACCUUGGAGUGAAGAAAACACCAGCAAUAGGCAACAUCAACAAGACAACAAAGGAACGGACAGUUUCUCAGCGAAAGCAAAUCAUGACCAGCACCUAAAUUCAGCACCUAACAGAGCCAUGGCAAAUGAAAGUUUUUUCUGGUCUCCAUGGACCCAACUUGCAACAGUGCUGAAGAGGAUUAAAGCAAUUGCGUGCUCUGAUCUGUGGGAUAUAUUUUUAGUGCGGUUGCUGAUGUCUGUUGCUAUACUUCUGUACUAUAGUAAUUUUAGUCUGGCCUUGGAAGAGAGAUUUGGGGUGAAACCCUUGUUCGCUGGAUACCUAAUGAGCUACAGCAGUGCACUUGGAGUCCUGGCUGGUUGUCUACUUGGACCAAUAACAAGGCUUUAUCAGCACAACACUUACAGACUUUUGCUGCACUCCAGCACUCUUACCUGCACAUUGAUUCUUCUCUAUGCUUCAGCGCUGAGCAUAUGGAUGGUCAUUUUGUCUUCCACAUUCUUAGCCUUUUCAACUACUAUAGGUCGUACUUGUAUCAUUGAUCUUGAACUGACCAUUGGUGGGAACGAGGCCAGUGGUACACUGCUAGGUGUUGGACAGUCUGUGACCUCAGUGGGACGUAUAAUUGCCCCGCUCCUUUCUGGAUUUUCUCAGGAGUUCAGUCCUUGUGGCCCUCCGAGUCUGGGGGUUGGACUAGCUUUAGUAGCUAUUCUGGUAAUGAAUGCCAACAAACAAAAAUACCGCAGCCAUGGAAAUGUUAACUUAAAAAAACAAUAGCUGCAAAUUUGCAUUGCAUAGAUGUGUUUUACAGGAGAAGCAAACAGAAUCAAACUGGGGUGGUGCUUACACCUGCCAGACUUGGACAGUAGUAACAAGAUCUUUUAAGAGGACACACUAUUUUCAGGUGGAGGCAAGUAAAUAUAACUAUUUCUACUGCCAGGAUGUUACCCUAACAAAUGUUAUUCUGACUAGUACCACUAGAACACCUGUGAGAGGGACAGGUGUUGCCAUGUUGUAUGGGCUGGGAUUUUUUAAUGGCUUUUUAACCUUUUUGGAAGGAAAAAAGAAUCACAUGAAAUACAUAAAUCCUGCUUGUAACUCACAUUUGAAUUGGUGUUUAGAUUGAUGGAUUAUUAAAAAAAGCCAGAAAUUGGUUCUUAUUAUUUAAACAGAGCUGAAUUUUUAUUAUUUAAUGAGACAAUUUGCAUUAUAGCUCAUUAGCCUUAAUUUCUUAUGCUGUGAUCUACUGCCGUUAGUCUGCUGUGACAGUAGCUUAAUUAACAGGGUGUUUGCUUAUGUGAUUUUGUUAAGUGUACUUGGUCUGCAAAACUUGCUGCACAGCAUGUGAUUAGGUACUGUGGGCUGGCUGGUCAACUCCUACAUCUCUUGGUCUUUUCCCAGGUAACAGAAUCGGGUGUAUGCUAACUUCAUGUAUUUAAAGAUCUGAAUCAUACAGGAUCAUUCAGACUGAAACUGUGACCGAAUGUAAGCUUUAUUGAAACCUUGAACUGGUGGUUUCUGAGCAAUUUUGUCAUAAAUUAUUCAUUAAUGUUUCCUGUGCAAUCUUCUACCUUCAUUGUGAGAAUAAAUUUGCUUCUUAAUUUUGAAUGACUGUUAAAGGUAUGCUCAAGCAACUAGCAGUAGUUCAUGGAUCUGGCUUAUUGCACUCUGUCAUCUCCGGAGCCAUAAGUGACAUUUGUUUUUUGAUAUUUUAGUCUUCAUUUGUCUGUACUGCUUAGCUCUCGAGAGGUUAACUGUCAGCUAUACUGAGAGCUGUAGCACUCUGCUGUACUCUUCUCUGUUCAAGCUCAUAUUACUUGUCCAUUUAAUUUCAAACAUUGUAAAAGUGUUUUGAACUAGUAACAUUCUGUAUACUUUUCCUAGUGUUACUUGAAAGUACAGAGUAGGCUGCAAUUAUGUAAUAGUUCGGUUGUGGGGUUUCUUUAUUGAAAAGAGCUGGGUUAUCUCCUUGAACACAUCCAUACAAAUAGUGUUGCUGCUCCAGGAGAGUCAUAGAUGGUGUUUUGACUUUUAUAAUUUAUUUAAUUUCUUUUAUUUUAUCACCUCAGUGAUUACAGUGGCAGCACCUUGGCAAUAUCUAUAGAACUCUUGAGUUGUUUUAAUUUUAUAUAUAAGCAUAAUCAUAGAGUCAUAGAAUGCCAGAUUGGAACAGACUCCAAGGAUCAUCUGGUGCAGCUUUCCUAGAUGAUAGUUUAAAUGUGAUGGCUCAGCACCCUGUCAAACUGAGUCUUAAAACUGACCAGUGUAGGGGAGUCCGCUACGCUUGGUAGAUUAUUUCAAUGUCUACCUAUCCUCAUGGAGAAAAAUUUUCUUCUGGAUUCCAUUUGGUAUCUCCCUAGAAGUAACUUGUACCCAUUACCCCUUGUCUUUUCCAUAUGAGAAAGGGAAUCUCCAUUGUCUUGGUAGCCACCCUUUAUGUACUGGUAAUGUCUGUGUGUUAUUGUACUGUUAACAGAUUUAGUCUGUAUCCUCAGAGUUCUUUAUUGUAAUAAUUUGUGUUGCAUUUCUCCUUAGGAACUUCAGGCAUUUCCAGGUGUCUUUUCCACUCCUAUCUUGCUUGGUAUAGGUCCCAAAACAUUCUUCCCUUAGGUUUCCUCUUCUUCCCAGCCUUUAAUAAGCUACUUUGCUUCAUUUUUUCACCUAAAGCAACCUUUCUGUAAAUCAGUGACUUCUGUUUUGCAACUAUAGCAAAGGGCAAAGGAAAAGGGUAGGGGAUAACCCACAAAAAUUAAUAUAUGUGAAAAACCAGUAUUUUUUCCUGUACAUGUUGAUUAUAUGGGGUAGCAUAACAUUUACUCUUCUAAGCUGCUGCACUGAUUAUAAAUUCUGUAAACACAAUAAAAUUGAAUUUAUAUUAAUAUAUA